AUGCUGUUCGCGACAAAUCCCAAAUCGGUCCUCCGGGGAGAUCCUCCAGUCAGCCCUCGGCCCGGCCGCUCCGCACGCGGAGACUCUCGCGGCCAGCCGGUGCCCCUGCCCCGCCGAGUCUUCCGAGGGCGGGCGCGGCGGCCGCAGCCAGGGCUGGGGUCCUACCAGUGCGCACCCGGGCGCCAGACGGUCACGAGGGUCCAGCGCGGGCCCGGGGCGCCCCCGGGCUCCGCGCUCCUCUCCGCGUCCGGCCGCCUCGGGCUCCGGCGCUGCCGCCGCGGCCGCCCGGGGCGGGAGCUCCGCGCAUGCAGGCAGCGCGCUCCCCGCGCUCACGCCCGCCGGGGCCCGCUCGGGUCGCCGCCGCCGCCGCCGCCCGGUCGCCCCCGCCCGCGCGCCCCGGCCGGCCCUCGAGGGUGCGGGGCGCCAGCGGUCAGCGCGCCCGCCGCCGCCAGCACGCACAUGGAGGCCCGCGGGCCCGCGCUGCGCUCGGCCGGCCUCGGGGCCCCCUGCGCGCGGCCGCCGCCCCGCUGCGGGCCGGGGCGCCCCCGCCGAGCCCCGCCGAGCCCCGCGGCCCGAGGCGCAUGGGGGAGCGGCGGCAGGCGCGGGCCGGGCCGGGCCGGGCCGGGCUGGGCCGCCCGCGCUCCCUCGCCGUCUGCGCGCUCUCGCCCCUCGGCCGCCGCGCCGCUCGGAAAUUUCCAGGCCACUUGGCGCACCCGGAGACACUUCGACUCUGGAUUUUUGUUCUUAUUUUUAACAGAGCCCCGGCGAGUGACGUCGCGGGCCGGUCUCCCGGACACGUGCCUCGGGCCAAUGGUGGCGGCGCCGCGCGCCCACGUGACGCGCCGGCGGCCGCCGGGUGACAGGCGCCUCCCGCCGCCCCUCCCCGCCCCUCCCCCCCUUAAAGCGGCCGCGCCCCGGCGGCCCGGCUGCGGGAGCCGUCGCCGGCGAGCCCGCGACCGCGCGCCCUGCGCUCGCCCGCGCCUCCGCCGCCGCGCCUGGGCUCGGGGACCCGGGAAGCAGCCGCAGCAGCCCGCCGGCUCGCCCCGGCGUGCGGAGGCGCGCCAGCGCGGGGAAGCUGCUAUUUUUAACAUUUCCAUAGUGUUUACCAUUCCCGUCUCAAAGGCAGAGCUGACGCGCAGGACCCUCUUCCUGCAGACACUGACUGUAAGUGUGCGUGUGUGUGCGUGUGCGCGCGCGUGCGGGGAGCCGCGCGCCUACGGUGGGGUUCCGCCGCGGGCCACCCGUGCUCCUGAAACGGGCGUGCGGAUCCAGAAGAGCUCGGGCAUACGGCUUGAGGCCAGACCGGCCAGGCCGGAUCUGGGCCCCCGCUUGGCCGUGCUUCCUGGUGGCGGGGGGCGCAUGUCCAAGUCUCCGCUCCGGAGCCGGACCGAGGUGCGGGCCCGCGCCCAGGGAGCCACGCCGCUCCGCCUUCCCGCCGGGUGGCGGCCGCCCCUCCGGAGUGAAGCCGCGGCCGGGAACCCCAUCCUUUCUUCUCUCGCCAGGCCGGGAGAGUGCGGCAACCCCCGCUUCCGGAGAACCAUCCCCACGCUUCCCGCGCGCUCUGCACAAAGGGGGACCUCGGCGAGCAUCGAGGGGAAAGACGGCUUCCGGCCACGGGGUCCCUGUCGCUCGCCGGGAAAGGCCGCGCAGCAGUUGCGGAGGGCGAAACCUCAGCCCGGCAGAACCGGGCCGGGGAGCCGCGCCCGUGGCCAAGAGCCAGCUCCGCGCGGCGGGUUCCGGGCGCCGGGCCGGGGACUUGGGGCCGAGCGGGGAGAGAGGGCCCGGCCCGAGAGCCCCCCUCGGCUCCUGGUGCUGCCGCCCUGA